AUUAUCUAUUUUUCUGUUUUCGUUGAAAACUUAAGAGACGAUGGCGUAUAGAUUAGUGGUUGGGAUAGGGUUAGGGUUUUCGGUUCUGACAUCUGUCGUUCUCGCUUUUGUCUUUGGGACGACCUCUUUCGAUCUCAGUUUCUUGAAUAUUUUCCUGUUAUUGAUCUUUUUAAUGGGAUGCGGCGGGGUUUUGAGCAGUUUGUUGCACUAUAUGCUUCCUAGAAAGAGAGCUGUUGGAGGAGAGGUAGUUGGCGACGACAGUCACAACACGGAAGCUUUGUUGAAGAAAAAUCGGAUUGAUUCAUUGAUCUCUUCGUCUGACCCCUUCAGAGCCACACCAGAUACGGUCAACGACAACAAAGACAUCGGUAGCAGCGGCGGCGAGAACAACUUCAGCAACAGUAGCAGCGGCAACAACCACGUUGGGCAGCCAAACAUGGCGUUGGGUGAUGGAAAUCCACCAGAUAUCGAUGAGGAUCUGCACAGCCGGCAGCUUGCUGUGUAUGGCCGGGAGACGAUGAGACGGCUCUUCGGCUCUAACAUCCUCAUCUCAGGGAUGCAGGGCCUCGGUUGUGAAAUUGCGAAGAAUCUUGUUCUUGCUGGUGUCAAGUCGGUGACUUUGCAUGAUGAAGGGACAGUGGAGUUGUGGGACUUGUCCAGUAACUUCAUUUUUUCUGAGGAUGAUGUGGGGAAGAACCGUGCGCUGGCUUCAGUCCAGAAGCUGCAAGAAUUGAACAAUGCUGUGCUCAUUUCUACCCUAACUACUGAAUUGACUAAGGAGAAACUUUCUGAUUUUCAGGCAGUAGUUUUUACUGAUAUUUGCUUGGAUAAAGCAAUUGUAUUUGACGAGUACUGCCAUAAUCAUCAGCCUCCAAUUUCCUUCAUCAAGGUUGACAUUCGAGGUCUUUUUGGUAGUGUGUUCUGUGACUUUGGACCUGAGUUCACUGUUAUUGAUGUAGAUGGUGAGGAACCACACACGGGUAUAAUUGCUUCCAUCAGCAAUGACAAUCCCGCCCUUGUUGCUUGUGUUGAUGAUGAAAGGCUUGAGUUUCAGGAUGGGGAUCUUGUUGUCUUCUCUGAAGUAGAGGGCAUGACUGAAUUGAAUGACGGGAAGCCAAGAAAGGUUAAGAAUGCAAGGCCUUACUCGUUCUACCUUGAGGACGACACGACAAAUUAUGGUGCAUAUGUCAAAGGUGGUAUCGUCGCACAGGUAAAGCAGCCAAAAGUAUUGCACUUUAAGACAUUGAGAGAAGCACUCAAGGAUCCAGGUGAUUUCCUUCUGAGUGACUUCUCCAAGUUUGAUCGUCCUCCUCUGCUACACUUGGCAUUCCAAGCACUAGAUAAGUUUAUAUGCGAGGUUGGACGCUUUCCUGUCGCUGGGUCGGAGGAAGAUGCUCAGAAGCUGAUAUCUUUGGCCAUUAAUAUUAAUCUGGGUUCAGGAGAUGGGAAGCUGGAGGAGAUUGACCAGAAACUUAUGCGUCUUUUUGCAUUUGGUGCUAGGGCUGUUCUAAAUCCCAUGGCUGCAAUGUUUGGUGGUAUUGUUGGCCAAGAGGUCGUGAAAGCGUGUUCUGGAAAGUUCCAUCCACUUUUUCAGUUCUUCUACUUUGACUCGGUCGAAUCCCUUCCUACUGAACCAUUAGACCCUGAUGAUGUGAAACCAUUAAGUAGCCGUUAUGAUGCACAAAUUUCAGUGUUUGGAUCCAAGCUCCAGAAGAAACUAGAGGAAGCAAAAAUUUUCAUGGUGGGAUCUGGUGCACUAGGGUGCGAAUUCUUGAAGAAUCUAGCUCUUAUGGGAGUUUGUUGCAGUGAGAAAGGGAAGCUAACCAUUACUGAUGAUGAUGUUAUAGAGAAGAGCAACCUCAGCAGGCAGUUUCUCUUCCGAGAUUGGAACAUUGGACAGGCCAAAUCUACCGUUGCUGCAUCUGCUGCUGCUUCAAUAAACCCUCGUCUUCAUGUUGAGGCCCUGCAGAACCGGGCAAGUCCUGAGACCGAAAAUGUGUUCAAUGAUGCGUUCUGGGAGAAUCUGAAUGUUGUGGUUAAUGCGUUGGAUAAUGUUAAUGCUAGGCUUUACAUUGAUCAGAGGUGCUUAUAUUUUCAGAAGCCACUUCUCGAGUCCGGAACACUAGGUGCCAAAUGUAACACACAGAUGGUAAUUCCUCAUCUCACUGAAAACUAUGGUGCCUCAAGGGAUCCACCUGAGAAGCAAGCACCCAUGUGUACGGUUCAUUCAUUCCCUCACAACAUUGAUCACUGUCUGACAUGGGCCCGGUCUGAGUUUGAGGGCUUACUUGAGAAGACACCAGCAGAGGUAAAUGCAUAUCUAUCCAAUCCAAGUGAAUACACGGCGGCUAUGAAGAAUGCAGGUGAUGCUCAGGCCAGGGACAAUCUGGAACAUGUUCUUGAGUGCCUUGAUAGCGAGAGAUGUGAAACAUUCCAAGACUGCAUCACUUGGGCUCGUCUAAAGUUCGAGGACUACUUUGCCAACCGUGUGAAGCAGUUGACUUAUACUUUCCCUGAGGAUGCAUCAACCAGUACUGGGGCCCCAUUCUGGUCAGCUCCCAAGCGUUUCCCCCGCCCAUUGCAGUUCUCUGCUGACGAUCCUGGUCACCUUCACUACGUUAUGGCAGGAUCAAUAUUGCGUGCGGAGACAUUUGGCAUCCCGAUUCCUGACUGGGCUAAGAAUCCUAAGAAGUUGGCUGAUGCUAUUAAUAAGGUGAUUGUUCCUGAUUUCCAGCCCAGGAAAGGAGUGAAGAUUGUCACUGAUGAAAAAGCUACAAGCCUAUCUACUGCCUCUGUAGAUGAUGGGGCAGUCAUCAACGAUCUGAUCAUGAGGCUGGAAGAAUGCUGGAAGAAACUUCCUCCAGGUUUCAGGAUGAAUCCAAUACAAUUUGAAAAGGAUGAUGACACCAAUUACCACAUGGACUUGAUAGCUGCACUUGCGAAUAUGAGGGCAAGAAACUACAGUAUUCCAGAAGUUGACAAGCUCAAGGCCAAAUUCAUUGCGGGGAGGAUCAUCCCAGCCAUUGCAACUGCUACAGCAAUGGCUACUGGUCUCGUGUGUCUGGAACUGUAUAAGGUUUUAGAUAUGGGACACAAGCUGGAAGACUACCGCAACACCUUUGCUAAUCUGGCACUCCCACUUUUCUCAAUGGCAGAGCCAGUCCCACCCAAGGUUAUCAAGCACCGGGACAUGAGCUGGACUGUGUGGGACCGCUGGAUGUUAAGGGACAAUCCCACCCUCAGGGAUCUAUUGCAGUGGCUUAAAGACAAGGGGCUGAAUGCUUACAGCAUUUCAUGUGGAAGUAGCCUGCUAUACAACAGUAUGUUCCCAAGGCAUAGAGAUCGAAUGGACAGGAGAGUGGUGGAUCUUGCCAGGGAAGUGGCUCGCGUGGAGGUGCCUCCAUACAGGAAUCAUUUAGAUGUUGUAGUGGCAUGUGAGGAUGAUGAGGACAAUGACAUUGACAUUCCUCAGGUCUCAAUUUACUUCCGGUAGGCUGUUUGCUCGGUCAGUUGACAUGGCAAGGGGGUUUUGGUUGAGAGCGGUUUUAUUUUCCCUGUUGCCUCUGAACCUGAUUCAGUUGAUUCCAAGUAUUGGAUGUUUAUAACAAUACACAAACUUCACAUAAUUAAAAGUUAACCUUGUUUGCAUG